AUGUCAGAGCUCGGCAGUGCAGACACGUUCCUCGUUCCUCUGCUCGGAAAGCAGAUCCAUGGCCGAGCUGGUCAUGGCCACUACCACUAUGGUCCACGGGCCUCUCCUGGACAAGGGCUUAUGGCCUGCAUGCUGCCGGCCUGCGCAGCCGGGUUGAGUGCACGCAAGAGAUUUGUCCGCGGAUCCAGGAGUUCAACGUCAGGAGUACGUCGUGGUGCCACAAGCUCCAAGAGGCUUGGCUACUCCCAGGUUCAUGAUGAAGAGGAGGAGGAGGGGCCACCGACAACCAUCCUUGACUUCACCAACACGGAGGAACGCCUGGAAAAGAUCAAGGAUGUGACACGGACACCGGUGACACUCUUGAGCGGCUUUCUGGGCUCAGGCAAGACCUCGCUGCUGAAGCAUAUCCUCGAGAAUCAGGAAGGCGUGCGAUUAGGGGUUGUGGUGAAUGAUGUCGCAGCUGUGAACAUCGACGCCCAAUUGAUUCAGAGGUACGAGAGAAGUGGCACCAUCGAAAUCGCGGAGCUGGCCAAUGGAUGCGUCUGCUGCACUGCCUCCGACGACCUGGUGGCCUCGGUGCAGGAGUUGGUGAACAGAUCGUACACCAGACCCUUCCACCACAUGGUCAUUGAGCUCAGUGGCGUUGGCGAGCCGGAAGCCAUCAAACGCCACUGGGACAUCGGGGUCGAGGUGGGCAUGCCGGCGACUUUGAUGACGGAGAUCAAGCGCACCAUCGCAGUGGUGGAUGCCAGCCUCUUUGGCAACGACUGGCUCGACAGCCGCAAGGCAACAGCGAGGAACGAAGAGGCAGCGCAACACUCAGGCUUGGAAACCGUGGGACAGCUGUUGGCGGAGCAGGUGGAGAAAGCAGAUCUCGUGCUCAUGAACAAGAUCGACCUUGCCACUGAUGAUGAGCUGGCAACAUCAGAGGAGGUUCUAAGGGCAUUGAACGGGAGCGCCGAUCUCAUUCGCUGCACCUACGGCAAGGUCAGUCCCAUCGAGCUUCUUCCAGAAAUUCCUUAUGGCUUGAAGUUUCCAGACUUUGGCAAAGGAAGGAACUAUCGAUGGGCACAGAGUCCUCAUGCCUUGCAGAUCCGAGUCAAGGUCGCAGCAGAUGCAAAGUCAAAGGACAUCAACUUUGACAUUGGCAGGACAUGGCUACAGAUCUGGGUGAAGGGCGAGAAAGUGCCCCGACUGCAAGGCAAGCUCUUCGGCAGGCUGAAGGGUAUCGAAGAAUGGCUCUGGGAACUGGAUGGAGAAGGCGAUGAUCGGCACGUGGCCGUUUUCCUGGAGAAAAGUCAGGAGGGCAUGUGGGAAGAUCUCUGGGAAAAGCAGAAGCCAAAUGAGCCAGAGCAAGAACAUGAGCCUCACGCUGCUGAGGAUGAAAGUAGCUUGCCAAUGACUGCUUCUUGCAGACCCUGCGCCCCGGGUAUCUUCCAGACGUCAAGAAGCGGCAAGGAAGCUGGCAGAAGAUUCGGCAUCCGCACCUUCACAUACCAGCGGCGAAGACCUUUCAGUGCAGAGCGUCUUCAAAGGCUCAUUGAGCAGUGGCCGCUGCCGAAGAAGAGGUCUGACUUCCGCCUGGCAGACCUGCAGCCAGAGGAUUCCGAGCACAUACGGGCCGCGCUGAAGCCUGUGCUGCGCUCGAAGGGCUUUUGCUGGGUUGACUCGGAGCCGUUUCGUGUCAAUGAGUGGUCACACGCUGGUAGAUCUCUUUCUGUUCUGCCCAAGGACUGGUGGUGGUCUGUUCUGAAACCUGACCAGCUUCAUUUUCAGGUUAGCUACCCUGGCGCCAAGGGCGAGUUCGAACGAGCCCGAAGGGACAAAUGGCAGGGUGGGAAGGAGAGAGAGCUUCAUACCUGGGUUCGAAACGGCUCUGCGGUGAUUGCCGGCAGCCAUGCCAUGGUGUCCUUUGACGGCAUGUACACUUUGCGGCACACCAUCGAGCGAUUCCCAGAGGCUGAGUUCUAUCAGUAUCUUCAGACCCCACGCCUGCAGUGGGUUUUUGCCAGUGAAGUGCAGAAAGGUGAGCCGGAAGCGGAUCCGCACGGCCUGUGUCGAGACCCGGCGUGGAACUGUACAGACUUCACCUGGCAACCCCCACUCUGCAGAGAGCAUUCCAUGCGAUGCUUGGGGCAGGUGUUGCAUGAGUAUGUUCACAACACACAAGGUAUGUUUGAGCAGCUCAUUGCAAACAAUCAGCUGCCCCUCUCCAUAACCUACUUGCAGACACUUUCGAAACAAAAGGCUGUGUGGAACGCAUUUGCGUCCAAGAAGAACAUUUUGUUCCAACAUCACUACCCUUCUGAGGGAGUUGACGGCGUUCCAUCCACAGACUUUGUCCGAAUUCAAUUUUCUCCGAAGCGCUACGGGUGCAAUUCGACAGAGACAUCCUCUCCUUUGGGGGGCUUCAGCUGCCAGCCAGAGGGCAAGCCGCUGUUGAAAGUUGUGUCGCCCGGCUUCAUGCGCUCCAGUGAUGCUCGGCAUUUCGCGGAGACCUUCAGCCUCAGCAAGCAGGACUACGAGCAGCUCUUCGAGCUGUGGCGGGGCAACGACAUGGACUCUCGAGCUGCAGCCUGCGCCUGGCUAAGAGAGGUGGGUAGCUCCAAGUGGGGGACGUGGAUCAGAUUCAGCAAGCAAGUGUCGCUGUUCCAAGAGUUCCCGCCCACCAGUGGCUGCUUCCCCACCUUCUAUGUCUUCCUGCUGCUGUUUUCCGCGAUGCUGUUCGUGCAUCAGCUGCUGCCACGUUGCUACAGAUACUGCAAGAAGGUUUGUGAAAGGCGGCCAGCAGAGACCAACCCUAGUUGGGAGCCCACAGAUUUGAGCGACAUUGCGCGGCGAAUGAACACCAGGGCCAACUACACCCGGCCCGACUUCACAUCGAAGCUGAUCGCAUGCAAGAGUACUUCCUUUGUGGAAGUGAAAAUGGCACUCUUGAGAGGCAGCAUGGGUUUCAUGAGCUUCUUUCGAGACGAGGAGGACUUUUGCUCUGACAGCGGACAAGCACUGCUCCCGCCUGCGGCAUCGUCCUGUUUCCGGCAGUACUUCCACACUAGGCUGCAAGUCCUCGUCUACAUCGUCACUUCCGGGUUGGCGCACAUUGGUUUGAGCGCUCUGACCUUUGCAUUUGCCUCAGGAAUGGUGGGUGCAUUGUUAGCUGAAGUUCGAGCAACCAUCCAGAGGAAUAAGCAAGUGGAUCCAUCGCUCCAGAACGAAGACUGGUAUACGGAGUGGCUGUCAAACAUGCAGACAGUCACUGUAUUGAUGGAUGAUUUUAAAUUUCUUCCAACAUUCUUCAUCACCUACAUGAUUGGCCAAGAUGUAAGCCGUUGGCUGCAGUGGCUGAAGAUCAUGUUCUGUGUUCAAGGAAGGCUGCAUGAUGUAGCUUUGAUAGUUUCCAGCUCAUAUCGCAGAGUCAAUGAUGCACAUAUUGGCAAGCAGCAGAGGCAGAUGUUGUUCAAGUGGUACAGAUAUUUGAAUGCAAUUCACUACCUGGGCUACUACAAGCUUUCACCUACAAUUGGGACCUCUCCCGAAGGAGUUGUGCAGGAUCUGCGCACGGUGGGUCUGUUGAGAGACUCAGAAUGUGAGCAGUUGCAACUUGCCAGUGCCAAAAUGCGGGACACGUUGGUCUCUUGGCUCGGCCACUUGUGGCAUGACGAGCUGGAUCGGGGCUUCGUUCAGGCCCUGGACUCAGAUGUUUUCAUGCGGAAAGUCUGUGACCUGCGUGGGGUGCUGGCACAACUCGCGGAUAUGCAAGACAUGCAGACCAGUCAAAUGGUGCGGGUGAUGAUGGUGGUUGUCACAAACAUACUACUUGGCCUGGCCUUGAUCGGCUAUCCCACCAAGAUGUACGAAGAAACCACUGAAUGUUUCCAGUUCUGGCCGCUGGUGGCUUCAUAUCUGUACUUCAUUUGCUAUCGUGGCAUGCUGCAUGUCAUGUUCAUUCUGGACAAGGGCCCUUUCUACGCAAAGGGCGACUGCGUCAACAUUGACAAUUUGCUCGUUAGCACGGAACGCUUCGUUUUCCACGUGUUUCGCAAUUCUUUCAGAAACCCACGUUCCGACGACUACCUUCUCAAGCCAAAGCAACCUAUUGACCAGUUUGAUCCCAUUGAUCCUGGUGAUGUGUGA